AUGACCGCACCAAAAGAUGAUAAGUUCGCUCCACAUCCAGUGAAAGAUCAGUUUCCUGGAGUCGAGUUUUGUGUCAAUAGUAACCCUCCAUGGGCCGAAGGGAUUAUUCUAGCAUUUCAACAUUAUCUAGUGAUGCUCGGGACCAUAGUUCUUAUAUCGUCCAUUAUAGUUCCUCCUAUGGGCGGGGGCCAUGUAGAGAAAGCUUAUUUGAUACAAACAAUGUUAUUUGUUGCCGGAGUGAACACAUUGCUACAAACAUUAUUUGGUACACGGCUUCCAGUGGUGAUUGGAGGAUCGUUUAGAUUCACCAUUCCUGUACUCUACAUCGCUUUACAAAAUCGUUAUAGCUUUUACGUUGAUCCUGUCACUAGGUUUCAUCAUACAAUGAGGGCAACGCAGGGAGCACUUAUGAUGUCUUCAAUUCUGCCUAUCUUAUUUGGAUUCCUUGGUAUCUGGAGAAUUGUUGUCAGGUUUCUAAGUCCUCUAUCUGCAGUUCCUCUAGUAACCUUAGUCGGACUUGGACUCUAUGCACAAGGAUUCCCACUAUUGGCACAAUGCGUUGAGAUCGGGCUUCCUGAAUUGAUUCUACUAGUUCUGUUUUCUCAAUAUGUGCCUUACUGGUUUAAAUCGAAGUGGCUUGAUCGAUUUGCUGUCCUUAUCUCUGUAGCACUUGUUUGGGCAUAUGCAGCCCUUCUAACAGCAGCUGGUGCAUAUAAAAAUAGACCUCCUAACACUCAGUUCAGCUGCAGGGUGGAUCGUUCUGGCCUUGUAAGCGGUGCUUCAUGGAUAAAGUUCCCUUAUCCAUUACAAUGGGGUCAACCCACUCUUCAUGCCGGGGAUACGGUUGUAAUGCUAGCGGCUGUUUUUGUGUCUCUCAUAGAGUCGACAGGCACGUUUAUUGCAGCAGCAAGAUAUGGGAGUGCCACUCAUGUACCAUCAUCUGUUUUAAGCCGAGGAGCUGCUUGGCUGGGAAUUGGUAUUUUGAUGGACGGAUUAUGGGGUACAGGGACCGGCUCAACUGCAUCAGUUGAAAAUGUGGGUCUUUUAGCCGUGACAAAAGUGGGAAGCAGACGAGUAGUUCAAAUGUCUGCAGGGUUCAUGUUCUUUUUUUCCAUCUUAGGAAAAUUUGGGGCGAUUGUAGCUUCUAUACCUUUGCCAAUCAUUGGAGCUCUAUAUUGUGUCCUGUUUGCCUACAUGUCUUCUGCUGGUUUAGGACUACUUCAAUACUGCAACCUUAACAGUUACAGAACAAAGUUCAUACUCGGUUUUUCACUCUUCAUGGGUCUUUCCGUGCCACAAUACUUCAAUAACUACGUGGUAACCAUCGGGGAAGGCCCAGUUCGCAGUAGAUCCACAUGGUUCAACGAGUUAAUGCUGGUGUUAUUCACGUCCCCGCCAACAGUAGCAGCCAUAGUUGGUAUGUUUCUUGACAGAACUCUUGGUUAUGAUCACAAAGAUGUUAGGAAAGACGGUGGACGACAUUGGUGGGCAAAGUUUAAGUACUUUGAAAGAGAUGCAAGAAGUGCAGAAUUCUAUUCACUUCCUUAUGGUCUUUCUAAAUACUUUCCUUCUGUUUAA